AUGUCGCUGCUUUGGGCUCGCCGGCAGCAUGUUUGUCGAUUAUCAUUACAAAAUCUCAGUCGCGGUAUCCAUAUAUCCGCUAUAUGUCGUGAAAAGCUACAGGAAGUAGUAGCGACUUCUACAAAACAAUGGACGCCACUAUCCCAACGAACUGGACUGAUCGCUCGCAAACGGGGAAUGACUGCAGUUUGGGACCAAAACGGGGCUAGAGUUCCAAUCACCGUCCUCCAGAUUGAAAACUGCCAAGUGACUGGGAACGUUUCGACCCCUCGCAAAUUUAAACCAACUUAUCAUGCAGUACAGAUAGCUGCAUCAGAUAGGUCGGAGAAAUCGACCACUCGCGCCAUGUUGGGGCAUUUCUCCAAGGCUGGAGUUUCUCCAAAGCGUAUCGUCAAGGAGUUCGAAGUUACACAGGACGCUUUGUUACCAGUUGGCACCACUCUAUCUGCUUGCCACUUUGUGCCUGGACAAUCUGUUGAUGUGAUUGGAACAUCCAUGGGAAAGGGAUAUGCUGGAACCAUGAAACGAUGGAACUUUCGGGGCUUGGCUGCAAGCCAUGGUGUCUCCAUCUCCCACCGUGCUGCUGGCUCUACUGGACAACACCAGGAUCCUGGACGCGUCUUUCCAGGGAAGAAGAUGGCUGGCCGACUGGGCGGCGAGCGGACUACAGUUCAAAACCUCUUUGUUCAGCGCAUUGAUACAUCGUUGAACCUGGUUUUCGUCAAGGGAGCAGUGCCAGGCCCGGAUGAUGGGUUUGUAUUCAUACGGGAUUCAAAGAAGAAACUCGUCUCGUUGGCGAGUGCCAGAUUUAGGAAGGGAUUAGAAAUGAGCAAAAUACUUCCCACCGGCAUUGAGUCCCUUCCAUUCCCCGCGGGAGACAAAGCUUUGGAGGCUCAGCUCCCACCUGUAGUUAUCGCCGAUAGUCGCGGGCGUAGCCCAUUUGUUCCGCCAGAGAACUAA